AUGGCACUGGCACAGCAAGACCGUAAGCUUCCCUUUGGGAAGAUCGAGCCUAACUCGUUCAAAUACUUCUACAGCUGUGGUCUCGGCGGUAUCAUCGGACCAACCCACACAGCCGUAACACCCCUCGAUCUAGUCAAAUGCCGCCGCCAAGUCGACCCAAAGAUCUACACUUCCAACCUCCAAGCAUGGCGCUCAAUCUUCUCAAAGGAAGGUCUGCGCGGCGUUUUCUUCGGCUGGUCUCCCACCUUCCUGGGAUACUCGAUGCAAGGCGCCGGCAAGUACGGUCUAUACGAGUACUUCAAGUACCUCUACGGCGACCAGAUGUUCCCCCAGACCAACCGCACCCUCGUCUUCCUGGGCGCCAGUGCCUCGGCCGAAUUCUUCGCUGAUAUGGCUCUCUGUCCUAUGGAGGCUAUCAAGGUUCGCAUGCAGACUACGUUGCCGCCUUAUGCUUCAAAUUUGAGGGAGGGGUGGGGUAAGAUUGUCUCGAAAGAAGGUCUUGGUGGUUUGUAUAAGGGUCUUUAUCCCCUGUGGGCGAGACAGAUUCCUUAUACUAUGACUAAGUUUGCGACGUUUGAGGAGACUGUUAAGGUUAUUUACAAGACGAUGGGCAAGCCUAAGGAGGAGUAUGGGCAGUUGACGCAGACCGGUGUUAGUUUCUUGGGUGGUUAUAUUGCUGGUAUUUUCUGUGCUAUUGUUAGCCAUCCAGCUGAUGUUAUGGUUAGCAAGUUGAAUGCUGAUCGGAAGGCUGGUGAGGGUGCCAUGACUGCUGUAUCCAGAAUCUAUGGUAACAUUGGAUUUUCUGGUCUGUGGAAUGGCCUGCCUGUCCGUAUUGUGAUGCUGGGUACAUUGACUGGCUUCCAAUGGCUCAUUUACGACUCAUUCAAGGUGUUCCUGGGUUUGCCUACCACUGGUGGUCAUUAG